GCGUCCGCGACCGACGUGAUGCCCGUUCUCAAAGCCCCUCGGAUAUCCCUCGCGAACUUGCGCCCGGCUCAAGGCUCGCAGCAUGCGCAAAAACGCGUAGGUCGCGGAGAGGGCUCACGCCACGGCCGUACCGCCGGUCGCGGUAACAAUGGUCAGAAGUCGCGCUCCGGCACCGGUCUGAAGCCCAUGUUUGAGGGCGGUCAGACCACUAUCGUGAAGCGCUUCCCGAAGCACGGCUUCUUCAACUUCACUGGGAAGACCUACGCGCCGGUCAACUUGGACCGUAUCCAGCAUUGGAUAGACCAGGGCCGACUGACGUCGUCGCCGGAGAAACCGAUCACUGCGCGCGAGCUCGUGCAGAGCGGCUGCGUUCACGGAGCGCACGAGGGCGUGAAGAUUUUGGGCGACGGCCUGGCACAUUUCAAAACUCCCAUUUACAUUACCCCUUCACGCGCAUCCAAGAGCGCCAUUCGCGCCAUUGAGGCAGCUGGCGGCAAGGUGGUUUGCAAGUACUAUAAUGCCCUGUCCUUGCGCAACUGCGUUAGGGGUGUCACUGACAAGGUGGAGGCAGCGCCGACAAGACGGGAGGACAUCAUGUGGUACACCGAGUACAACAACCGCGGUUACAUCGCUCCUCGCACCUUGAAGCUCUUAGGAGACCAGCCUUUUGUUGAGGAGCGAUGGAAGGUUCUGUCGGAGGAGCUGAACAAGUUCAGGCAACCCGGGAAGGGCCUCCGGAAGGACAAGAAGCUGUAGACGUGCCUUUCCCUCCUUUACCUGUGACGCAGCCGUGCAUAUACAUACCGGCAAUCUAUAUCCUCGCUCUUCUACCAUAGCGCUUGUCAGCUCGACUCUGCUUCGAGCCGAAAGUGUCAAUAUGUCUGGACAAGCAAGAC